AGAAGCAUCUUUCAGGAAUCUAUGGUUUCUGGGAGUGGGGAUGCCGGUGGCGUACUUUACGCGGAUUUUCCAAAACUUCCACUGCCUCAGAAUCGGCUGAACGAGCUCAUAGAAUCUUCAAACGAUUGGGCGCAUGCUCAUGGCUUAGUGAUGCGAACGAAAGAACACAAAGAUAAAAGCGAUGUAAGUCAGACAACGCCGAUCACAUUGCUUCCCACGCCAUUUCCACGAAAAUUGUUCGAACAAGCUUUGAGAGUUCAAAACUUAGUUGCUACCUUAUAUCACGAUAUCGCUUACGACUUUGACUUCCUCAUCGAAUGUCACAAAGACGUCAUCACAACAGACUCUUUUACCAAAGGACUUAUAGACAUUCUGAAGCAAGUGCGAGAUGAAGGCCUUGCACAGAGGAAAACGCUUGCAAUUCAGCGAUCGGAUUACAUGUGUCACAAAGACCCGUUCUCAUGCGAGUACAUCUUGAAGCAGAUAGAAGUGAACAACAUAGCCGCUAGCAUGGGAGCUCAUGCGGAAAGGGUAUCCAAGCUUCAUCGAAGAACUAUGUUUGAACUUGGUUACGACAAAGAAACGAUUGAAAAGGCUAUUCCAAAGAAUGAGCCUGUGAAACUCAUAUCUGAAGCUAUUCACAAAGCGUGGGAACUCUACUCAUGUCGCGAUGCUCUAGUACUUGUCGUGGUUGAGGAAGAGAAUCAAAAUCAGAUUGAUCAGAGACAUGUGGAGUAUGGACUGGAAGACCUGGGAAUUCCCGUUGACCAAAUUGUGCGGAAGACCCUGGCAGAGUGCAGCUACUGCCUGACUCUAUCACCCGAACGUCACCUGAUGUUUUGUGGUUCCCGCGUUGCAGUGGUCUACUUUCGCUCAGGAUAUACUCCAGAUCAAUAUCCUACAGAAAAAGAAUGGGCAGGCCGACUCUUGAUAGAGCGAUCGGAUGCUAUAAAAUCGCCGUGGAUUGGUCUACAAGUAGCAAAUACGAAGAAGACACAACAAGUUCUUGCUGAAGAUGGUGUAAUUGAACGAUUUGUUGGUCAUCCUCGUGAUGCUGCUGCCAUAAGAGCAACGUUUGCUGGAUUAUGGUCUAUCAAUGGUGGUGAUCCAGUAACGCAGAAACUCAUCAAGAAUGCUAUUGCACAUCCUUCCCGAUUCGUUCUCAAACCUCAGCUGGAAGGCGGUGGUGGAAACUUCUACGGAGAAAAAAUGGCAGAAAAACUCAAAAGUAUGGAGAAGGAGGAAUUUGGCGCCUUUAUCUUGAUGGAGAGGAUCCAACCUCUGGUGGUUGAGAAUUAUUUACUACGCCCUAUGCAGCCAGCGCAUCUAGCGAAGGUUGUCAGCGAACUAGGAGUCUAUGGAUAUGCGUUGGGUGAUCGAGGAAUGGCAGAAGUGCGUCAAGGAGGACACCUUUUGCGGACUAAAAGCGAAGAAGUUGAUGAGGGAGGAGUUGCUGUUGGAGCAGCUGUCAUUGAUAGCCCUUUUCUCUAUGAACUACUUUGAUAUUCUGGACUCUUAUCAGUAGUGAGUCCCCUACUCGGAAGUCAAUGAUGAACUGUGAUGCAACCAAUAUGUGAUAAACGAAUCUCUUCGACCGAAUGAGUGUUACUUUGUGAGGACUGAGCGAAGGUAAAGCUAUUUUUUUGGAGGAAAUGAGUGGUCUUCAGUUGUCAAAUUGCGAAUUCUCCCAGGUUCGGUGCUGGUUUCCAUUUUAUUUUUAACCCAGAAGCGUGAAAAUAUUUCAGUACCUGAGCCCCAUUCCCCC